CAGAGCUGAGCCUCAACUACCAAUCAUUUCAUGCAGAAAACCACAUUUUAAAAGAACAUCUUUCUUCGGGGCACUCUAAAACAUUAACCAGGAAAAGGUCAAACACACUCCUGAUAAACCUGCAGGGAUGCACAAUAACUGUAUGUAUUUUUAAGUGAUUAUGAUCUAUAUUACGCAGAAGAGGACCCUGUAGGUUCAGAGUUUCCCCCGCCCCUUUAUUUUACCACUACGUGCUAAACACAGGCUCUCAGCAGCAGACACCCUGGGGUGCGCCUCCGUGUUUCCUCUCCCUCUGUCAGAUUGAGUAAGGCGCUGAUAAGGCCUGUAUCACUCCUCCUGAUUGCCACGAGCUCCUCUGGAGACACGAGCUGCAGUCUGAUCCGAGGGGACCACCAGCUGCAGGCAGAGGGUUCAACGCUGCAAAAAAGUCCGGCUUCAAAAAGUCACUUCUUGUCUGUAAAAAAAACAACUGCUGAUAACUCCACGGCUGUUUCUCGAAACAAAAGCAGGGCAAAGGCGAGUCACUCCGUCAUGUGUUGUCAAGUCAAGUCCUGAGAUGAGUGAAUCUGUAUUGAGGUGAAACGACGUCGCCCCCGCUGCAGACUUCUCUCCUGAUACCUGUAACCCCCUCACUAUGUGUUGACGAAAACACCGCAGGCGGAUAUUCUUUGCAGCGCACGGAGCGGAGGAGUCUAUGCAGUGACACCUGUCCGCGCAACACCUGGCAGACGGGACGGACGCUGUGCGCAUGCUCCGUGGUCAGGUUGAAAUCUCUUAAAGCACUUGGACCCGCACCUCGCCACCAGUGGAGAAGAGACGGAGCAGCAGCGUCCACCUGAGGACUCCUCUCUCCGCAGCUGGAUUACUCUCACUGAUUUGUCCGCUCUCAGAUCAGAGAUGCCUCGCUCCUUCAUGGUGAAGAGUAAGAGGGCGCACAGUUACCACCAGCCCCGGAGUCUGGAGGAUGACUACAGCAGGCUGGACACUAUACUGGCGCACAUAUGCUCAGAUGCUGAGUGUCCCCCGUGCGUCCUCUCAGACGCAGAUAAGCUCCAAGAUGAUACCGACAUGUCGGUGGACAGGUACGGUCUCUCCCCGGACUCCCACCUGGCCGACGAUGCUGAUUUCUCCCCGAAGUCCCCGCUGAGCUGCGCCGACAGUCUGUGCGGUCGCUCCCCGGACUACGAGGACUUCUGGAGGCCUCCGUCCCCCUCUGCAUCCCCGGUUGAUUCUGAGAAAUCCCUGUCUCCUCUGGUGGAUGAGACGCAGCCCUUCACCGUCCCCUUCCGGCCGUAUGCCUGGAGCAGCUACCCGGGGCCAGGGCCUGGGCUGAGGCCGCUGGUGCCGCCGAGCCUCCACCCCGGCAUGGAGGUGGACAGGGGCCCGGCGGCGCUGGCCUUCUACGGGGACCGGAGCAGCCACCCAGCUCUGUACGCAGAGCGUGCUCUGGGCGAGGAGGCGUAUGGUGACUACAGGAGGCAUGCUGCUGCUCUGCUGUUUCCUGACGGAGGCCUGCAUGGAAAAAGCCAGAGUGUGAAGGCCCAGUCUGACCUGCUGUGCUCCAGUCUGAUCCUCAAUGGCGCUUACAAGUGUAUCAAGUGCAGUAAGGUGUUUUCUACUCCGCACGGUUUGGAAGUCCACGUCCGCAGAUCGCACAGUGGCACGAGGCCAUUUGCGUGUGAUAUCUGCGGCAAAACCUUCGGACACGCAGUCAGCCUGGAGCAACACAAAGCCGUGCACUCUCAGGAAAGAAGUUUCGACUGCAAAAUAUGCGGCAAAAGUUUCAAAAGGUCGUCAACUCUGUCGACGCAUCUGCUCAUCCACUCCGACACUCGGCCGUACCCCUGCCAGUACUGCGGGAAGAGGUUCCACCAGAAGUCGGACAUGAAGAAACACACUUUUAUCCACACAGGUGAGAAGCCACACAAAUGCCAGGUGUGUGGUAAAGCCUUCAGCCAGAGCUCCAACCUCAUCACACACAGCAGGAAACACACCGGAUACAAACCUUUCGGCUGCGACCUGUGCGGCAAAGGUUUCCAGAGGAAAGUGGAUCUGAGGAGACACAAAGAGACGCAGCACGGACUGAAAUGAGGCGAACAGUGACUGCACACAUCGUGUCAUGUAAUCUGACUUGAGUCUUUAAAUCAUUGGUCUUGAAACGACCGCGGACACCUGACGCAAAGACCGAGGACAUGUUUUUCCAAUCGCUCUGCUUGAGGACAUUUCUUGGAUCACAAUUUGAUCCACAUUUAGCUCUGUAAAAAUUUAAAAUUGGAAAUAUAUAUAAUUAUGUCAGCCGAUAGGCAGAUUAUUUAUUUAUUUUAAUAAAGAAAACCUAUAGUCUCAAGAAUAAGACUUAAAAAAACGACUUAUUUUGCAGAGUGAAGACAACACUAAUUCUACCAUCAUACUGCAGAUUGCUAUAAAGGUCCAGAACACCAGAGAUAAGCUGUUAACUGUGAGACAUGCAGAUAUGAUGAAGUGUGAUCCAAGUACAUGUGUCAUGAAUCAGCUUCAGUGGGCAUUGAGCUCAAAAUGUUUGUACUCAGAGUUUAAGAACCGGAUCGACAAUAAAGCCAACAGAGAUGAAAAUCUGCGCUUCUCCAAAGAGCCGAGGCUUUUUUUGUUGUCAGUGUGGAGACAUGCUGGCAAAACAGCCUCCUCAAACUGUGUGAUUUAAUAAACAGGAGGGUUACUGCCUUACUCACGGAGCUGUGAUCUGUUAAUUUUACAUUUUGCACAUUUUAUUUUCAGAAUGAACAGGUUUUUUUGUCGUUUACAAAUAAUAUAAUUUGUUUUCCAGGCUAUUUUUAUUUUCUAGUUGUUGUUUUUUGGAAUUUAAAAUGCCUUUAUUGC